GUGCUCGGCACUCUGCUCUGAAUUCGACUUCGACUUCGACAUCGACUUUGCUUUUCCUAGCGCAGUGCGCAGCAGCAGCAGCAGCAGAAAAUAUAUAUUUUCUGCUCGUUUUCUAUCGAUCCAUUUGACUUUGCUUGAUGUGCGUGUAUGUGUGUGUGCGUGAGUUGUAUUUAUAUUGCGAUUUUUUUUUUUGCUUUGAUUUUUCUGUCGCCAAACUGGUGCGUGGCUGCUGCGCAUGCGUGUGAGCCAAAACUGACCGAACGUAUAUAAGCGAUUAUAGGGCCGGGCUGGCCAACAGUCAGCCGCGUUGCUCUACAUCGAGCGAGCGUUGCGUGUGUCGUGUGUGCCGAGAAUUUGUUUGACAACACUCGAAAUUCGUAUCGAAUACUUAACGAAAUAUCAAGUAUACGCGCAUACUUCGAAAGGACAUUCAAAUUGUGCCAAAAACAACAAGGAUUACAAUCACAUCGUGUGCAUAACGUGAAUUUAAGUCAAUUUCUUAUCCAUUCACAAGGAUUUAGUGCCAUUAACUUCAUAUCACAAGGUGGAUUAUUUAAUCUGUGCAAAUAAGUGAAAACAUGAAGCUUCAUCUUUUUAUGCUGCUGAGCCUGGUGCUCAGCUCGGCGCUGGCUGAUCCCUCGCCUACAAUACCGCCCUGUGUCCAUGCGAAUGGUGCCAUUGGCUACUCGUAUCCAGCGCCAGAAGUUAAGUUCUCCAUAACGCCCGGCGUGACCAAGUACACUCAGACACCGGCCACAUCUAGCUACUCGGAGAACGGUCACCUACUGCACGCAUCCGUUGGCAGCGGCGUCGCAUCCUACGAAUCCACUGCUGGCUUGGCGGGCUACUCACAUGGCGGCAUCACCCAGAUCGACAAAUAUGUGGCUCCGGUGCAGAAAUCGCUCUUUACGCCCUCGACCGAGUAUGGCGGACCGGGGAUUACCUAUGCGGAUAGAUCGCCAGCUGCCAAGUAUGCCACAACGGUGCCAUCGGGCAUUGAGCUCAAGAGUCUCGUGUCGCCAGCUUUAACCAAGACUGUGCUAACAGCUCCCAAGCUUGAAGCUGCCUAUUUGCCAGCGGCAGCACCUGCCUUGACUAAGGUUUCCACCUACUCAACUCCGGGCUACUCUUAUAGUCAAUCCACGCCAGCCGUCUCCAAGGUGGCCACUUACACCGCACCCUCGGCCAGCAGUGUGCCCUACUUGUCGCCCAAGGUGACCACCAAGGUGGAGACUUACACCUCACCGGGCUACACUUACUCCAAGGCCACGCCUGGCUUCUCCAAGGUGGAAACCUACAGUUCACCUGGCUACAGCUACUCGCAUUCUUCGCCAGGCAUCUCCAAGGUUGCCACCUACUCCCCAUCGGUUGCCUACGGUGCUCCGGCCAUCUCCAAGGUGGCCAGCUAUGCUGCCCCCGCUCCCAUCUUGACUUCCUCGCUGCUCUCCUCUCACGGCACUGGCUACUCCAGCUCCUAUGCGCCUGCGCUCUCCAAGUCCUAUCUGCCUGCAGCUCCUGCUCUGGCCACGCCUUACCUUGCUGCCCCCGCCAAGGUGGAGAGCUAUGUGGCGCCAGCAGUCGCAAAGAUUGCCAGCUAUGCUGCUCCAGCCAUUUCCACUUAUUCGUCAGCUCCUGCUCUGACCAAACUCAACACAAACUAUGGUGCAAGUGGCUCUGGCGCCGUGUCCCAUCAAUAUGUCUCCAAGCCCGCCGUGGCCACCUAUGCAGCUGCUCCCGCUGUGACCAAGAUUGCCAGCUAUGCUGCGCCAGCCAUUAGCACCUAUUCCACGGCACCCGCUGUCACCAAGAUUGCCAGCUACGCUGCGCCCGCAAUCUCCACUUAUUCCGCUACUCCUUCUGUGGCCAAGGUAGCCACUUACAGCCAGGCUGCGGAUGUCUCCCAUCAGUACAUCUCCAAGCCUAUUGUGGCUGCUUAUCCAGCCAAGGUGGCUAGCUAUGCAGCGCCAGCUGUGGCCACUUACUCGACAGCUCCCGCUGUCACCAAGAUAGCCACCUAUGCUGCUCCUGCCAUCUCCACUUACUCGGCUGCACCAGCUAUCACUAAGGUAGCCACCAGCUAUGGCAGCACCGGACACGGCGCAGUCUCCCAUCAAUACGUCUCGAAGCCAGCUGUGGCAACUGUGGCAAAGACUGUCAGCUAUGCUGCUCCAGCUGUUUCUACUUACGCCACAGCUCCUGCUAUCACCAAGGUGGCCAGCUAUGCAGCACCAGCUAUUUCCACUUAUUCUGCUGCUCCAGCUAUCACUAAGGUGGCCACCAGCUAUGGAGCCAGCGGACAUGGCGCCGUCUCUCAUCAGUAUGUCUCGAAGCCAGCUGUGGCCACUUAUGCAGCUGCUCCGGCCAUUGCCAAGGUUGCCAGCUAUGCUGCACCCGCUGUGGCCACCUACUCCACUGCCCCAGCAGUCACUAAGAUUGCCAGCUAUGCUGCGCCCGCCAUCAGCACUUACUCCUCGGCUCCCGCCAUCACCAAAUUGUCCACUUCGUAUGGAGCUUCGGGUCAUGGUGCCGUCUCGCAUCAGUAUGUGUCCAAGCCAGCUGUGGCCAAGAUUGCCAGCUAUGCUGCACCAUCAAUUAGCACUUACUCUGCCGCUCCGGCAAUCGCCAAGGUAGCCACCUACAGUCAGGCAGCGGAUGUCUCCCAUCAAUACAUCUCGAAGCCCAUUGUGGCUGCUUAUCCGGCAGCAGCUCCUGUUGUGGCCAAGGUCGCCAGCUAUGCUGCUCCUGCUGUUGCCACCUAUGCUGCAGCUCCAGCGAUCACCAAGGUAGAGACAAGCUAUGGCAGCACCGGACAUGGCGCUGUCUCCCAUCAAUACGUCUCGAAGCCCGCUGUGACAACUGUGGCAAAGACUGUCAGCUAUGCUGCUCCAGCUGUUUCUACUUACGCCACAGCUCCAGCUAUUACCAAGGUAUCCAGCUAUGCAGCUCCUGCCAUUUCCACAUAUUCUGCUGCUCCUGCCAUCACUAAAGUUGCCACUAGUUAUGGAGCCAGCGGACACGGCGCUGUCUCGCAUCAAUAUGUCUCGAAGCCAGCUGUGGCUACCUACGCUGCUGCUCCGGCCAUUGCCAAGGUAGCUUCUUAUGCCGCUCCAGCUGUUGCCACCUACUCAACAGCACCAGCUAUCUCCAAGAUUGCCACCUAUGCAGCUCCUGCCAUCUCCACUUACUCGGCUGCGCCAGCUAUCACCAAGGUUGCCACCAGCUAUGGCAGCACUGGACACGGCGCAGUCUCUCAUCAAUAUGUGUCCAAACCAGCUGUUGCAACUGUGGCCAAGACUCUCAGCUAUGCUGCUCCUGCUGUUUCCACUUACGCCACAUCUCCUGCUAUCACCAAGGUGUCCAGCUAUGCAGCUCCUGCCAUUUCCACCUAUUCUGCUGCUCCUGCCAUCACUAAAGUUGCCACCAGCUAUGGAGCAAGCGGCCACGGCGCCGUCUCGCAUCAGUACGUUUCCAAGCCAGCUGUGGCUACCUACUCAACUGCUCCAGCUGUGACGAAGAUCGCCAGCUAUGCCGCACCAGCUGUGGCUAGCUAUGGUGCCACAAUCUCCAAGAGUUAUUUGCCUGCUGCGCCUGCAAUCGUCGCUGCCCCAGCGCUCACUCCAAUCGUCAGCAAAGUGGCGACUGGAUAUGCCGCAUCUGGUCAUGGUGCCAUCUCGCAUCAGUAUGUGUCCAAGCCAGCGAUAGCCACCGUAUCCGCUGCUCCAGCUAUUGCCACUUAUGCUACUCCAGCUGUCAGCCACAUUGCAGCUGCACCUGCCAUUAGUCACAUUGCUGCUGCUCCCGCUAUUGGUCACAUUGCCACAGCUCCUGCUAUUGGAGUUAGCUAUGCCAGCUCUGGACACGGAGCCGUCUCACAUCAAUACGUUUCGAAACCAGCGUUGGCUGCUGUCUCCGCUGCUCCAGCAUAUCACACUCUUGGCCAGGGCUACUCUGUUGGCAAACUGGGUCUUGGCCUUGGACUUGGCUACGGCGCAUCUGGCCAUGGUGCACUCACCAAGCUUACAACGGCACCUGCUGCAGCUCAUGGUUAUGUCAGCAGCACAGCUUAUGGCAUCAAUUCGGGUAAAUUAGGCCUGGGAGCAGCAGGUGGACACGAUGGCUCCUACUAUGGUGCCAUAUCAUUGGGACACGCUGCUGUGUCGCCAGCCCUCACCUACCAUGGAGCACUGUCUCACGCCGCUGGUGGCCUGGCGCAUUUGGGUGGCGCUCCAUUGGCCGACUACAGUCUCGGUCAUGGCAUUGGGCAGUUUGGAGCUGGAUUCAAUCGAUAUGCGCCCAGCGUAUCAGCAUUGAGUGCUCAUGCCCCACUCUCAUCCACAGCUUAUCUGAAGUCAGCGCCGGUGGCUCAACAUGGGCUGCUGAAGGUGUUGCCAGAAAAGCAUCUGGAGCACUUUGAUGCUCAUCCGCGAUAUGCCUUCGAGUAUGCUGUGAACGAUCCUCACACGGGCGAUAAUAAGCAUCAGCGAGAGGAGCGCGAUGGCGAUGUGGUCAAGGGCGAAUACUCUCUGGUGGAGCCCGAUGGCAAUGUGCGCACCGUCAAGUACUACGCCGACUGGGAGACGGGCUUCCAUGCCGAGGUGAUCAACAGUCGUGAUCAGGGCAAGGUUGUGGCCAAGCGUCAGACGGCGGCCAAGUCGUGAGCGUCUGUCUCUUGAUCAGUGAUUUGUUUUGUUCGCCACGCAACUGUAAAUAGCCUACGAUUCAAUAUAUUUUUUCUCAUUAAACAUUAAACGUAUUUAUGAACAAACUCCACAACGACAAGAAUUAGACAGAAAGAAGAGGGCCGCCAUCUUGCACCAGCACGUUCCCCCGUUACCGUUACCGUUACAAUUACCGUUAUCGUUAUCGCUACUCAUUAUCUCUGUCUCUCUUUUGUGCUCAUGUGAUAAGCUUUUCCAAUUGAACUGCUUGCGCUGCUCUAUCCCUCUCUUCUCUCUAUCUAUCACUCACUCUCACUCCGCCUCACUCAUUACACUACACGUUUCCGUAAAUGUGUGCGCACACACAUACAUACAUACGUCUAUAUGUAUAUAUACGUGUAUAUAUUGUGUAAAUUGUAAAUUGAAUAAAAGAACAUUUUAG